UCUAUUGGCAGAAGAUGAGAAGAUACUAUCUCUCACGGCGAGUAUAGAGGGAGAGUUUCAGUUUUUUUGUUUUAUUCCUAUUUCUCAUCUUUUUGCUGAUUAGACAGGCGGCUAUGGCUUCUUCGACCUGUUUCCCUGCUACUUUCACCAACUUCCGUUGCGAAACUAUGGGCUUAUCAGUGCGUCCUGCCAUGAUUCUUCAUCAUGGUAAGGUCCAAUUGAAGACGGAAAGAUUGAAAGUUCGGUCGUCCUUGGAUACAGAUGUUUCCGACAUGGGCGUUAAUGCUCCAAAAGGGUUGUUUCCACCAGAACCUGAGCAUUAUUGGGGGCCAAAGCUGAAAGUGGCAAUCAUUGGAGCUGGGCUUGCAGGCAUGUCAACUGCAGUCGAGCUUUUGGAUCAAGGCCAUGAGGUUGAUAUAUAUGAAUCAAGGUCUUUCAUCGGUGGUAAAGUGGGCUCAUUUUUGGAUAAACGUGGGAACCACAUUGAGAUGGGGCUACAUGUUUUCUUUGGUUGCUAUAAUAAUCUUUUUCGUUUGAUGAAAAAGGUUGGUGCAGACAAAAAUUUACUUGUAAAGGAUCACACACAUACUUUUAUAAAUAGAGAUGGCCAGAUUGGUGAACUUGACUUUCGGUUUCCAUUUGGAGCACCAAUACAUGGAAUUCGUGCAUUUCUGUCAACAAAUCAGAUUAAGACUUAUGAUAAAGCAAGGAAUGCUCUGGCCCUUGCCCUAAGCCCUGUUGUUCGGGCUCUUGUUGAUCCAGAUGGGGCAAUGAGGGACAUACGCAACUUGGACAAUAUUAGUUUCUCAGAUUGGUUCUUGUCCAAAGGAGGCACACGCAUGAGUAUCCAAAGAAUGUGGGAUCCGGUUGCAUAUGCCCUCGGAUUUAUUGACUGUGAUAAUAUCAGUGCCCGUUGUAUGCUUACCAUAUUCUCAUUAUUUGCUACUAAAACAGAAGCUUCCCUCCUGCGCAUGCUUAAGGGGUCUCCAGAUGUGUACUUGAGUGGCCCAAUCAGAAAGUAUAUAAUAGACAAAGGGGGCAGGUUUCAUCUCAGGUGGGGAUGCAGAGAGGUACUUUAUGAUAGAUCUCCCAGUGGAGACACUUACAUAACAGGUCUUGCCAUGUCUAAGGCUACAAACAAGAAAAUAGUGAAGGCGGAUGUCUAUGUUGCAGCUUGUGAUGUCCCUGGAAUCAAAAGAUUACUUCCACUACAAUGGAGGGAGUGGGAUUUUUUUGAUAAUAUAUACGAACUUGUUGGUGUGCCUGUUGUCACUGUGCAACUGAGAUACAAUGGCUGGGUUACGGAGUUACAAGAUAUAGAAAACUCAAGGCAAUUGAAGCAAGCAAUAGGAUUGGAUAACCUCCUAUAUACCCCAGAUGCAGACUUUUCCUGCUUUGCAGACCUUGCACUUACUUCCCCAGAAGAUUACUACAUUGAAGGGCAAGGAUCACUGCUCCAAUGUGUGCUUACGCCUGGAGAUCCCUACAUGCCCUUGCCAAAUGAUGAAAUCAUAAGAAGAGUUGAAAAACAGGUAUUGGAUUUGUUUCCAUCUUCUCAAGGUUUAGAAGUUACUUGGUCUUCUGUUGUCAAAAUUGGGCAAUCUUUGUAUCGGGAGGCACCUGGAAAGGAUCCUUUUAGACCUGACCAAAAGACACCUGUGAAAAAUUUCUUCCUUGCUGGUUCCUAUACAAAACAGGACUAUAUUGACAGUAUGGAAGGAGCUACUCUGUCUGGCAGGCAAGCAGCAUCCUAUAUAUGUGAUGCUGGGGAAGAGUUAGCAGCUCUGCGGAACCAGCUUGAUUCCAAUGAAGCUCAAGUUAGGGAACCUGUGAACAUAAGAGAUGAGUUGAGUCUGGUUUGAUCCAAUUAAAUUCAUUUCCAAGGCUCCAGUUUCUACGAUAAGAUUGUUCAACAUAGCUAGUGGACAUAAGCAAUACUGAUGCUAAUUCUUUUUCCAUUUUUUUGGGGUCUACGUUGCCCAAGUUUACAUCUUCUAUGUAUGUAAUUUAUUGAAUGUGUCAUGCAUCUGAAGGCAGUGCUAAUUAUAGUUUGUGAUCAUGAUGUUAUGGCCUAUCAUUUAUCUUCUGAAAUUUAUGGAUUAAGACCCUGACUGUAGCAUUAUACUUAAG